AGUUUUUGUAAUUCUACAUGGACAAUGGACAACUUUUUCACCAGUGUCCCUCUGGCUGAGAAGCUCCUCAAGAACAAUCUGACCAUCGUUGGGACUCUUCGCCAGAACAAACCUGACAUACCAUCUAUCAUGAAGCCAUCCAAAUCACGGGAGCUUCAUAGCUCGGAAUUUGGAUUCCAUGGCAACAUGACCAUGGUGAGCUAUGUGCAGAAGAAAGGAAAGGCUGUUGUCCUACUGAGCACCAUGCAUGAUGACAAAGCAGUGGAUAGCAGCAGUCAGAAGAAGAAACCAGAAGUGAUCCAGUACUACAAUAAAACGAAAGGAGGAGUGGACACAAUGGAUCAAAUGGUUAGCAACUACACAUGUCUGCGGAGAACAAGGAGGUGGCCCAUGGUUCUCUGGUACAAUAUGCUGGAUGUUGCCACACUCAAUGCCUACACCAACUUCAGUGCACAACACCCUGAUUAUAUCGGUGGUGCGAGUAAUGCAUGACGACUAUUUAUCAAGGAGCUGGGCAAAGAGCUCGUCAUGCCACAUAUGAAGAGGCGCAUGGAGGGCACACCCAAACUCCAGAAGCAUAUUAUUGAGGCAAUGGGAAGGUGUGGGUUAAAAAAAGACACAGCCACCACUCAGCUACAAGAGGACAUCAGACAGGAGGGCCAAAGGAAAAGGAAGAGGUGCGCGAUCUGCCCAUUUUCGAAAGACAGAAAAGCCAGCAGCUGGUGUUCCCAGUGCACUAGGCCAGUGUGCAAGGAGCACAAAAAAUUUGUGAUCAUUUGUGAGGCAUGCAAAAAUUGAGAUGGCAGUUUGUGUUCUACUAAUGUAUUCAGUUGUGUUUUAUUUUGUUUGGUCACAUUUCACCAGUUUACAGUUGUUCAACCACAGAUAAAGUUCAGUUCAAUAGCUGUUAUCUGUUAUCAGGAUUUAUGUGUAUGUGUGAUAAAAUGACAAACGUGUUGCAAGUAUUAAAUAAAUAAUUGUUUGGCCCCAUUCACUGCUAAAGUAAUUACUUGAAACAUUGUUUUUUAUAGUAUUAAGACAUUUAAUUUUAAAUCACACUUGGAUGACCCAUGUAUAGUAAUAUAAAAAUUAUUUUUGUUCAUAAAGUAGGAAAUAAAAAAAUAAAUUAAUGAUCUGUGGUAAUUAAAAACAAGAUAUUUAAAGAAUACUUGGAAUAUUCAAUCAUAAAAUGAAUUGAUUUCGAAACACAGAGCAAAGAAAAACUCAGUCAGCAUGAAAUAACAUGGAAAAUGAAUGCGGGUCAUUUUUGACCCAUGUUGUGCAUUAGAAGGGGUGUACAUAUGUUGUGCAUCAAAGGGUUAAA